AUGGGUGAAAGAAAUGUGAAAUCACAUGAAACAAUGAUAUUGAUUCUUAAGAAAGAUCGAUUCCUAGUCGACAAACAAAAACUAAUCAGCAAAAGCCAGUAUUUUGCUGCACUUCUGUCUGAAAACUUUUUAGAACGUCAUCAGAAAGAACACGUUCUUGAGUAUAAUAUUUCUUGGAUUUCGAUGCAGGAUUUCAUUGAUUGGAUUUACAAUGACAAAAUUAAUAUCUCUGCUAUUAAGUAUUAUGAUAUUGCGGAAAUUGAUCGUCUUGUGAAUCUAUUGGAAUUGGGCAGACUAUUUGUAGCAGACAAGUUAAUACAAGACGUAACCGAAAGACUUGAGGAAUAUAAUAUAUCACCAGAAAAUGCCAUUAAAUUAUGGAUAACAGCACAAAAUUUGAGUAUCAAUGUGCUACGAGAUAUUUCUUUGGCUAUUUGCCUGGAUCGUUUUGAUGAACUGCCGCUUCAAUCAAUUAUAAAUCUAACAAAAGAAAAUUUUCUGAAGUUAAUUGGAAACAGUAAUAUAAAUUCUACGGAAUCUCUUUUGCUUUAUGUUACAAAUGAAUGGAUGAACCAUCAUCAUGAUUUUACAAUUCCUUUAGAUAUUAUAAAAAAUAAAACAAAAAUUUUUAGCUGUAUUAUAUCUUGUGAGGGCAGUGACAUUAUUAACAGUGAGCAAUUUAUUCAUUGCUGGGACGGUAACGAAUUCUUUGAACUUACUUCAUUCAAGUAUCCCAAAGAUAUUAUCGAUUGUAGCACUAAUGAAGAGACUGCAUUAACAGGAAUGGAGAUUAUUGGAAGAAGAAACAAUUUAUAUCUUUGCGGUGGAGAAUUUGGUAUUAAAUCAGGCAAAUUUAACAAAAACAUAUGGCGUUAUUGUCUGAUAUCUAAGAAAUGGUUCCUUGAGACAGGUAUGCCAAGUGAAAGAAGAGACAUGAUCGCUGUAUUUUUAAAAAAUAAAUUAGUGCUUGUGGGUGGUAGGGGACGGGAUGGACAAUUUCUGCGUAGUGUUGAUAUCUAUGACAUCUAUACAGGUUUGUGGACAUUUGGUGCGAAAAUGUUGAAAGAAAUGGAAUAUGACGAAUAUUAUGAUCCCGAAUAUUAUGUUUGUAAUGGAAAAUUAAUGAUAAAUCUAUUUAAGCCUCAUGAUUGCUCUAAGGAUACUUCUGAUCCGGAUAACAUGAUUUUAAGAGCUCUCACAACAUUCCAUAAAGAAUGUAAACAUGAACAGAAUAUUACACGUGUCUUACUUGGUACUGUACGUAAGAGUUUACGGGAUUUCAAAUACGAUGAGCAUCUCCAUAUGUCAACGUACAUUUCAAUGUAUCAUCCAUGUACCAAAUGUGGCUCAGAUAUCUUAAAUCCCUAA